AAGAGCGCGUCUGAAUGAGAAUGACGGAGUCCGAAUCACUGCACUUCUCCAUCGGAGUCCUGGGCAUCUCUGGGGGUUCUUUGUUGCUUCUGGUGAACAACUAUGCGAGCUCUCCAGACGAACCUCUGAUCACAGACACAGCUUUAGGAGUUCUGCUCCUCAUAUUCGCUGCUCUGCUGGCUUAUUCAGGUGUUCGACGCAGCCAGUCCCACAAUGUACUCUUUGGUAGUCUGUGCCUGACAGUGUCAGCCCUAUGGUGUGGUUCGGGUUUAGUACACAUACUUGCAGGUGAAAACAUAAUAAAUAGCAGCAGAGGGCUGAGAGACGCCAUGGUGCCAGGCCUUGCAGCUUUCACUCUGGCACUGCUUGUCAUUUGCAUUGUGGCUGUUUUAUGUCAUGAGGUUGUCCUCUCAUUCAUCGCCCUGAGCAUAUGUCUCGCGUGUGCCCACCAGAUUGUAGGUCUGGCAGACUCGGCCUUCGGACAGGCAGCCACCGCUGUCUGCUACCUCAUGGUCUGUUUUGUGGGCGCUUACUUCGGAAGUGGCCGUUUGUUAUCGUACAUCACACAGAGAAAGAUUGUGCUACCUGGAACAUUUAAAAAAGAUAGCGUGAAACCGAUGCAAAGUCAAGAGGUUAAUGAUAUUGUGACAGUUGGAAUAAUUAUGAACUUGUUGUCAGCUAGUGUGCUAGCUUGUCCUCUGCUUGGCGUUGUCCCUAAUCUUUUCUCUGGCCAUGUGCCCUGGCUGUGGACCGCUGGCGUCUUCCAGCUGGGUGUGUGUGUUAAGAGCUACAGAUCUAUGGACACCCUGGCAGCCACUUUCUAUGGCUUCACAUCCAUCCUGCGGUUCACUGAAGGGUACACCGCGCUAGUGGUGCACUUCACAAACCAGGUGCCCUAUUCUCCAGUGCCAUUCCCAGUUGUAUUCUCAGUGUUGUUUUUCAUCCUGGCCUUGUUUAACUUGCAGGGUGGGUUUGUGAACACCAUCUACCAGCUGUUUUUUGUGGCAUACUGUAUAGCAAUUGCAUCCGAGCCCCAAAGCUUCUUUCAGAGGGGAACACAAGGUGUACAGGCUGCCAUAUUCAUUGCCUCCGCUUUUGUGCUCUUUAUAACCCUUUAUAACAUGGCUUCCUCAAACGAGAUACCUACAGGUGCAGGCUUCCUUAAGAACCUGUUGGCCCGCAGUAAUAGAUUUGUCUUACAAACCAAUAGCAAAGAGCUACACGCUCCCUAUCUGGGCUACUCUAAAUAUGCUGAUGCCGAGGUGUUGGGCCACGGCUGCAGUGUCCUGGCCGCAUUUUCAAUCACAGCCUCGUUUUCUAGUGGAAACCCCUUGGCUAUUCUGAUCCUGCCUUGGGCGGUGGUCUCCGGUGGUGUGCUGCACCUGAUAUGUGGCUCUGUUGCCUUCGCUCGAGGAAAGACCCUAGAGAGUUCGACUUUCAUCCUUUACGGUAUCAUGUGGACAGUGUGGGGACUGACACGCUUCGGAGGCCUCUAUGGAGAUGUGCGUGGCCUACACCUAGCUGUGGGAAUCAUCAGUUUCAUGCUCUUCAAUGUGUUAGUGACAGCAGGGGCCCUGUUUCUCAACAAAGGCGCGUUCAUCUACACCUUUACCUUCCAACUCAUCCUCAUUAGCUUCUUACUGGAUGCAGUAGGCGCGCUGCCCUACGGCUACGAUAUCGGGGUGACCAUUAUCCUCGGGCUGGUCAGCUUCUACAUGUUCCUGGCCAGCAUUUUCAACUGCACCUUUAAAAGCCCACAAAUGCCUUUCGGCGAUCCUUUCAUCAAGUUGAGCGGCUUUGGAGGAGGCAAAGACAGCUGCCCUCACCUUCCAGCCAGGAAGUCCUCAUCCGUUCAGCAAAUUGCAGAGAUCAUGAAGAACGGGGGCAUAUGUGGAAUGCCCACAGACACCGUCUAUGUUCUUGUGGCAGCUUGCAAUCGCCCACAGGCUGUCGAAAAGGCAUAUAGGGUAAAGAAACAGGCUAAAGAACGACCGAUGUCCUUAUGGAUUUCGUCUAUAAAGCAGUUGGAACCAGUCAGGGAACAGAUCAGCCCUCUUCUCUGGGACUUUAUGGAAGCUGCUUGGCCAUCAUCCAUUAGCUUAGUUAUAGCUAGAGCUCCAUGGAUGGAAUUCUUUGGAUUGGGCGACUCAUCCAAAUAUAUCGGCACACCACAAAGCAUAGCCAUAAGAAACCCAGACUGCACUGUUGCUACACACCUCAUAAAUGCAGUUGGUCCCAUUGCAGUGACCUCUGCUAAUCCGACCGGAGAGGCAGAUACUACCCAUCAUAACCAAGUUUAUGCAAAACUUGGUGACAAGGUAGAUGGGGUGCUGUGUGAUGGGCCGUCGCCAGAGAAUAUCGCCUCCACAGUGGUAGACUGCACCAAAAUUGAGAGUGGCCAGAUUGGGUUUUUCCGUGUCGGUCUUAUUCCUAAAUCUAAGGUUCUUCAGAUCUUCGAGGAGAUUCAGAAGAAGCACACGCAUGGUCAAAUGAAUGCAGCUUUUGAGACGGAUAUCACAGAUCCUCACAGACAUCUCGCAGUCUCUCAGAAAAGCCUGUCAGUGACUCAAACAGACUCUGGGCUUGGUCACAUGACCCCUGCCGACUCACAGAGCUCUCUGGACCUCAGCCAACAUGAGCGUCAUGAGGAAGAAGACGAGACUUUAUAGAUACUGCCAAACACUGAAUGUGUUAGCCACUUUAAUUACUGAACAUGUACAGUACAGCCUUUUAGUGUGUUACCAUCAAGUAUUUUGAACAGAUGGGCCAGGAAACAAUAAAAUUACAAUUAUAUGAAUGAAUAAAGAUGGUAAUAGGCCUAAAUAUUGCAAAUAGACAAUAUUAAUGUGUUUGGUGUUCUUUACCAUAUUAGUGUGCUUAUUGUUAUCUUACUAGUAAUUUUAAACCCUUUUCUACUUAUUUAUUAAUGUUAUAACAUAUUAAAAUGUAACACUGUGUAUAUUAUUAAUUUGUCAAUGUGUAGUUUUAUAUUUGUAAUAAAGUGUAGAGUUGUAUAAAAUAUUGAAAAUGAAAUAAAUAUGGGCGGUCUACUGAAAACCUGUCACAUUAGGGUCAAGCACUGAAGGUGUGUAACAUCUAUUGUUUUUCUGGAUGGCGAUGCAUCAGUUGAUAAGGGAAACAGUUAGCACAAAAUUGUGAGGCCUUCUUAACAUUUCUUUCAGCUGCUGUGGUAAGAUGGCCCUGCAAAUUUGUACUGUACAUAUUUGUCAUUAAUGGGAAAUGUACAAAUCUUAUACCAUCUUAAGUCUAUAAUUUUGGAAAUCCUUGGCUUAAAAUCAUGACUCUUCUCUGCUUGGGAUAUACAGAGUGCAAAAACACUUGUCUUUCUAAUACUGCCAAUUAUUUUACCAAACUGGAGCCUUAACUUCAAGCUGAAACAGUGAGAGUCAUGAAGCUGUUUCAAUUCCUUGAAAACACAUUGCUAUAAAACCGCUUUGCAUGUUGUUUCAAGCAUGCACAGAUGACUUUAAUCUUGCUUUAUUUAGGCUAUAUUACUGAAAGGAAAUAUUUUUAUUUUUCAUUUACUAUCUUAAAGGCAAACUCAUCCUCCAGCAAUCAUUCAGGUCAUGUUCAGAUUAAGAUUGUCAAGAUUGCUUAAAAGAUUGUUAAUACUGCACACUGUUUUCCUGAAACAUACCAAAUGUUUUAGUGCCAAAGACCUCAGAGAGAAAGUGAGAUUAUGCCUUGCUAACAUUUUGGCAUUUGAAAAUAACUUGAGACCAUAACAAAAUGCCAUAAGAGAACCAUAUACAUUUACAGGAGCCACUUACUGGUCAAAUAAGUAUUGCUU